UCGCAGGCCAGCCAGUUGUUCUUCGAUUCGAUUUCCAAACGGCAGCAGCCUCAUCGCGCGUGAAACGAAACGAAGAAAAAAGAGAUGUGAGCUCGGUUUUCUCGAAUGAGAGUGUGAGUGAGAGUGAAUGCGUUGUUGACUUUGUCACGAGCGAAAAAGAUUGUUGAAUGUUGAUGCGUUUGGUAUACCUGAGAUCGAUACAAAAUCCAGCAGCAGUGUGAACAGACACACCAGAGGGCAGCAGCAACAGUGAACUACGACCAACUUCAGCACCCCCAUCUAGCGUGUGUGUGCGUGUGUGACGGAAUCCCGGAUGUUCCAUCUCUGACGGGGUGGCAGCUCGUCGCGCGAAAACCGUGUGGUGUGUGCGAGAGAUUUUUGAAUGCAUUUGCGAGUCCUUGGUUGCGCGAGCGAAAGUGGUUUUGGUCCGUGAUAUUUAUUGGUGGAGAGCGAGCGAGAGUGAAACCGGAAGCGGCGGUCGCAGCGGAAGAGGACAUUCAAUCUAUUUUUGUGAGGAUAACAACGAGGGAUAGAGGCAGCUAAAGAGAGAACGAGCGAGAAAAAAAAACACGAUGUCGGUCGUAAUGAUUCGUAUGGAGGAAGCCAACAAGCUGCUGGACUUUUCCCAGAAGCUGGAUAUUGGCCUGCUGGACAGUGUGGUGAACUGUUUGUACAACAGUACCGGAGAGCAGCUCCGGUUGGCGCAGAAUGUCCUGACGACGCUGAAGGAACACCCGGACGCGUGGACGCGGGUGGACAGCAUUCUGGAGUUUUCGCAGAACCAGCAGACCAAGUUCUACGCCCUGCAGAUCCUCGAGGAGGUCAUCAAGACCCGCUGGAAAAUUCUGCCCCGAAAUCAGUGCGAAGGCAUCAAGAAGUACGUCGUGGGGCUGAUCAUCAAGACGUCCCAGGAUGCGACGGUGAUGGAGGCGAACAAAGUUUACCUGAACAAGCUGAACAUCAUCCUGGUGCAGAUACUGAAGCGCGAAUGGCCAAACAACUGGGAGACGUUCAUCAGCGAUAUCGUGGGCGCGUCCAAGACGAACGAAACGCUCUGUCACAACAACAUGAUCAUCCUGAAGCUGCUCAGCGAGGAGGUGUUUGACUUUUCCUCCGGCCAGAUCACGCAGACCAAGGCCAAGCAUCUGAAGGACACGAUGUGCUCGGAGUUCUCGCAGGUGUUCCAGCUGUGUCAGUUUGUGCUGGAGAACUCGCUGAACGCACCGUUGAUUUCCGCCACGCUGGAAACGUUGCUAAAGUUUUUGAACUGGAUCCCGCUGGGAUACAUUUUCGAGACAAAGCUGAUCGACAUGCUGGUCUGCCGCUUCCUGACGAUACCGAUGUUCCGUAACAUCACGCUCAAAUGUCUCUCGGAAAUUGCCGGUCUGCAGCUGGCCAACUACGGACACAUCUUCGUAGCAAUGUUCAAGCAGACGAUGGAACAGUUCGACAACAUGAUCCCGGCCUGCACCAACAUGAACCAGAUCUACGCGAACGGCUCGGACGACGAACAGUGCUUCGUCCAGAACCUGGCCAUGUUCCUGUGCACCUUCCUGCGGGUACACUCGGCGCUGGUCGAGAAGCGGGAAACCAUGGACACGGUGCUCAAGGCCCUCGACUACCUGGUGAUGAUCUCCGAGGUCGAGGACGUCGAGAUCUUCAAAAUCUGCCUCGAGUACUGGAACAGCCUUGCCUCGGACCUGUACAAAGACUCGUACAGCACCAGCCAGCGGCGCUCGUUCUACGCCAAGAUUCUGUCCAAGGUGCGCUACAUCAUGAUCUCGCGGAUGGCCAAACCCGAGGAGGUGCUGGUCGUCGAGAACGAGAACGGCGAAGUCGUGCGCGAGUUCAUGAAAGACACCAACAGUAUUAAUCUGUACAAGAACAUGCGCGAAACGCUCGUCUAUCUGACCCAUCUGGAUUACGCCGACACCGAGCGUAUCAUGACGGAGAAGCUGUGCCACCAGGUCAACGGGACCGAGUUCUCCUGGAAGAACCUCAACACGCUGUGCUGGGCCAUCGGCUCGAUCUCCGGCUCGUUCUUCGAGGACGACGAGAAGCGGUUUCUGGUGACGGUCAUCAAGGAGCUGCUCGGGCUGUGCGAGCACAAGAAGGGCAAGGACAACAAGGCGAUCAUCGCGUCCAACAUCAUGUACGUGGUGGGGCAGUACCCGCGCUUUCUGCGCGCCCACUGGAAGUUCCUGAAGACGGUCGUGAACAAGCUGUUUGAGUUUAUGCACGAAACGCACGACGGCGUGCAGGACAUGGCGUGCGACACGUUCAUCAAGAUCGCGCUCAAGUGCCGGCGGCACUUUGUCCAGCUGCAGCCGAACGAGUCGUGCACGUUCAUCGAGGAGAUCCUCGCCACGAUGAGCACGAUCAUCUGCGACCUGCAGCCGCAGCAGGUGCACACGUUCUACGAAGCCGUCGGUUACAUGAUUUCCGCCCAGGUCGAUCAGGUUCAGCAGAAUAUUUUGAUCGAAAAGUACAUGAUGCUGCCGAAUCAGGUUUGGGACGAGAUCAUCUCGCAGGCCACCAAGAACGUGGACAUCCUGAAGGACAUGGCCGCCGUCAAGCAGCUCGGCAGCAUCCUCAAGACGAACGUACGCGCCUGCAAGGCCCUCGGCCACGCGUACGUGUCCCAGCUGGGGCGCAUCUACCUGGACAUGCUGAACGUGUACAAAAUCAUGUCGGAGAACAUCACGCAGGCGAUCGCGCUGAACGGGCUCGCGAUCAACAACCAGCCGCUGAUCAAGGCGAUGCACGUCGUCAAGAAGGAAACCCUGACGCUCAUCUCCGAGUGGGUGUCCAAGUCGAACGACUCGCAAAUGGUGAUGGAGAACUUCAUUCCGCCGCUGCUGGAGACGGUGCUGUUUGACUACCAGCGCACGAAGGUGCCGAACGCGCGCGAACCGCUCGUGCUCAGCACGAUGGCCUCGAUCGUGAACAAGCUGCAGGCGGUCAUCACGCCCGAGAUCCCGAAGAUCUUCGACGCCGUGUUCGACUGCACGCUGGACAUGAUCAACAAGAACUUCGAGGACUACCCGCAGCACCGGACCAACUUCUACGAGCUGCUGCAGGCCGUCAACACGCACUGCUUCAAGGCGUUCCUCAGCAUUCCGCCGAACCAGUUCAAGCUGGUGUUCGACUCGAUCGUGUGGGCGUUCAAGCACACGAUGCGUAACGUCGCCGACACCGGCCUCAACAUCCUGAUGCAGAUGCUCCAGAACCUCGAGCAGCACCCGCAGGCGGCGCAGAGCUUCUACCAGACCUACUUCACGGACAUCCUGAUGCAGAUCUUCUCGGUGGUGACGGACACGUCGCACACGGCCAGCCUGCAGAACCACGCCACCAUCCUGGCGUACAUGUUCUCGCUGGUGGAGGCGGGCCGGAUCACGGUUAGCCUGGGCCCUUCGGCCGACAACGUGCUGAACGUGCAGGAGUACGUGGCGACGCUGCUCAAGUCGGCGUUCAACCACCUGACCGACAACCAGAUCAAGAUCUUCGUGACGGGGCUGUUCAACCUGGACCAGGACGUGCACGCAUUUAAGGAGCAUUUGAGGGACUUUUUGAUCCAGAUUAAGGAGGUCACGGGCGAGGACGACUCCGACCUGUACCUGGAGGAGCGCGAGAACGAGCUGAAGAAGGCGCAGGAGGAGAAGCGACGAGUUCUGAUGACGGUGCCUGGUAUGAUUAACCCGCACGAGCUGCCGGAGGAGAUGCAGGACGAGUGAAGCAUCGAUUGCGAUGGUUCGGACGGUGAUGAAAUGUUGUAGCGAGAGAGAGAGAGACGUGUUGUAUUGGAAGGGGUGCGAGGUCGGACAGAAUUUGGAAGUGAGCGAGCGCGCGCCCGCGAAGAAAGUGUUUUGAAUUUAAUCGUUUUUGCGUUCUUUCCUCGUGGUAAAGAAGUUUCCUUUGCGAUUUUACAACAACAGUUAAAUAUAAAAGCGAGAAAACACCUGGAAUAAAUUCUGAAUCUUAAAACCACUCGAUAGAGAAUAUAUUCUAACACAAAAAGAAAAACAGCGUAGAAUCACACACACUCAAUUCACAUCUUUAUUUCACAGUGCAUACGAAAAACAACUACACUCACACAAACUGACGAAGCUGCUAAUCAGCCAAAAACAAAACAAAAAACAUAGCCAGCAAAACGCAAACCAACAACAACAUCAACAAAUAAACACAGCCAGAGCAAAUCCCAAUAGCAAACGGACAUCUUCUCCUAGAGGAGAGAGUGCCAAUAAAUAGUACGAAACAAAUCAAGCAAAGUUCGCUAGAAUGCGUUCGAAACGAAUUCUAGUGUGACGCGCAGCACAGAACAAUAGUUGCAGCAGGACAAGGAAGGAACUUUGAAGGUGACGAGGGUAAAGAAAGGUCCCAACUUUUUUUUUAUAACUUUUUUUACUACUGCUAAUUUAUAAGACGAGCGCCCUAUUAAAAUAUUACCCUAUAUUUGCCGGAUUGACGCGUGUUGGUAUGAGUUAUGUUGAUUAUUAUUAUUAAUUCUGUCUCAUUUUUUUUUUGUAAAACACUUUGCAGCAGCGCGUGUGGUUAGGAUUUAGGUACGAGCAGCAGAAAAAAAACAGAGAUUUUGUGGUUAGGUUGGCGGUGUUGUAUAGAAAGUGAUGUUAACUCUAUCUUCGUUUCGUUUGUCGAAUUUUAGUUUCGUGCGAGUCGUGCGGACAGCGGACUUAAGGGUUGGUUGGAUUGACAAAAAAGAAAAAGGGAAGUAAGUCGGUGGAGAGAGCGAUAGCGAGAGAGCGUGAGCAAGGAUUUUAAGCUGAUUGUGGAUUAAACAAAAAAAAACUUAUUCGUAGAGAAAAACACACCCGUAUGGAGCAACAGCAGCAAAGAAACAACAAAAUAAUGCGAAUCGAUAGAAUGAUACGGAAAAAAGCAAACAAAAUAGACAGCAAAUGAACAGAGAAAGAGAGAGAGAGAGAGCGAGAAAAGCAAACAGAGAGCGUAGUAAGCACUAAUAAUUUAUAAGGGAUAAGAAUUGCAUACUAAAGUAGCGAAAAUACAUCGUGUAAGAGCGCGCGUGCUGUGUAGAAACAAAACAAAACAAGCCGAGAGAGAGAGAAAGUUUGCUCUUAUGUUGAAAACAAAACAAAAAAUCUGAAGGUAACAAAAGUGUAUGCGUGUUUGAAUGUUUGUUUGUUGUGUGAAAAUCUUACUUGGAAUACAUGAAUCAUUUUGCGCGGAAAUUCACCGGAGCUAGAGAAGCCGAUUGUGUACAUCUUUUCGUUUGUGUUUGUCUUUAUUCCUCAGCCAGAAAGAAAGUAACAAAAAAAUCGUUUAAACAGAGGUUACAGACAAAUUUAUGCGCGUGAGAGCACACACGAUUGUGGUUUAAAUAAUUUUGAAGAAACCAGUUACAAAUAACAGAGAGAGUAAAAAUCGGUUGAAAAACAGAAAAGCGAGAGAAAGGAGAAAAGUGAAUAAAGCCAGCAUCAUUUAUUAUCUCAUGUAGAUCG